UGGGAGUGGGUAGGUAUUAGUUGCCUUGCUGCAGGUCAUCUUCUUCAUUCUCCGCCUGACUGGGGGAUCUGAGGGUCAGUAUUGCUUGGUAUGUACGUACUCCGUAUAUCAUGGCACAUCUUCUUGCGCUAUUCAAGCACGGCCAAGGGGAUCGUCUAUUGUGUGCGGACCACCGCUCCGAUGAUCGUACUACUAACGAGGUUUCCGUAUCUUCUCAUAUCUCACCUAACGCAAGUGUAUAACCAUACUGUAAGGAGUCUAGGAAAUGGUUAUAUCUCUGCACUCGUAGGUAUCUGGUUUGAGUAGAGUGUCUAGUACCCCCUAGAGAACCAAGUGCCCGCCGGUAUUUGGUGGUGGACACUGAACUACAGCACGUAGAAGACUACUGUACUAGAGGCGGGUAG